UUCGCAUAGGGAAUUUUCUUCCUCUGGAUUCUCUGUAUAAUGACUGAUAACCGCUGUUGGCGAUAUAAUUUCAUUUCUUUAGGGUACUUUGAGCAGAGUACCAUGUUGAAAACCGAGCUAUUUGGUUGAUAUAAUUUAGUGUUUUUUUCCUAAUUCUAAUUUUUUUAUUUUUUUAUUAGUUCUUGUUCAAAAAAAAUUUGAAGAAUAUGUACCUAAUCAUGGAUAAUCAUCCUGUCAACGUUCUCAAAUCUGUGAUGGCAGACGUGAUCGUAUUUUUUUUACUUUCAGUUUUCGAUUUUUACACGGACAAAAUAAUGAAACCAUUCAAAAGGGGGUUUUUCUGCGACGAUACAUCCAUCAUGUAUCCGUCUUUAGAGUCGACUGUACCUACCGUGGUGAUGAAUGCUGUAGAAGUGCUGGUUCCUACAUUGAUGGUUUUCGUUGGAGAAUACUACCAUGAGAGACGUAACACUGACAGAAGUUCAUCGUAUUAUUUCGGAAAGUACAAGAUAAAGAGGUACUUUUGGAGCGUGUACCAGAAAUUAGUUUGUUACGGUAGCGGAGUUCUAUUCACAUCGACGAUAACAAGUGUGGGGAAGAAAACAGUCGGACGUCUAAGACCGAAUUUCAUAGAUGAGUGUAAAAUCGACAUGAACUCUGUCUGUGCAAACAGGAAUUACACGUAUUCGUACAUCACUGAGUACACGUGUAAUGAAGAUGAUAGCGUUGUUGAUGGAAGUAGAGUAUCGUUUCCUUCGGGUCAUUCCAGCGCUUCAUUUUACGUCGCAGUUUUCAUCGUGUUAUACUUGGAAAGCCGACUCAAAACUAAAUCGUCGUUGUUGAAACCAGUUAUCCAAUUUUUGGUGAUUUUGUCGGCCUGGUUUGUAGCUCUGAGCCGAAUCAUGGACAACAAACAUCAUAUGAGUGAUGUACUGUGUGGAAUUAUAAUUGGCAGCUCGGUAGCUUUAAUCAAUACGGUUUUAGUUCAUUCCAUAUUCGAAGACAAAAAAACAUCAGUCACUGGUCUUUUGAAUGAAAAUUGUACGAAUGGUGUUUCACUCGACGAAAACGAUCAGCUGACCAGACGUAGAUAAGCUAUGAGCUGCGCCCCACCAACUUCGAGGGAUCCCUGCAGAUACAGGCAAAAAUGAAUAUGGUUCUCGGGUUCUCCAGUAAUUUGGUGCAGACCAUCAGACAGGAUCAUGCCCUGAAAAAUAUGAUGAAGAUCACGAAUCCAAAUCCAGCAUCUGAAGUCUACAAAUUGAUUUUUGUAGAUGAGGAUUAGUAUAUUAAGAACCUUGACUUAAUCAUUGAUCAUUUUUUGCAAUAUAUGAAUAUGAAAUAUAA